AUCAGAACUGCUAUUGAACCCAAUGCUCCCCGAAACCAUUGCCCGGAGACGAAAUGCUCAUUAAUCGAAUCCAUCGCUCCCUUCUCCACUACCUCACCGGCUCAAGCCGUCUCCGGCCACCGCCGCGGGAAUGGAUCGAACCCUACAUCGACAUCUCCGACCUAGCCCACCAUUCUCCUCACGACCCCCAGCCGUCCCCAUGGCUACUCCGCAUCCUCUCCCUCCUCGUCUCCUCCUCCACCCCCGAAUCCGACCUCCGUUCCUUCUGCGGGUCCUUUCUCAUACGUCUCUCCCCCCGCUUCGUCGCUGCCGCACUUCGUCACCCCUCCCUCCUCCCUCACUCCGCUGCCGCCGUCGCCCUAUUCCGCUUCGCCGCCGCACAACCCUCCUUUGUCCACUCCCUCGAGUCAUACAUCUCCCUCUUACACCUCCUAUCCUCCUCUCCGCCCUCCACCGCCAACGCUCGACUAAUCUUCGCCGAGCUCAUAGAACGGGACGACCUUAUACUCACUCCCACUGCUGCAGGCUCCCUUCUGCGAUGCAUCGCAUCCCUUGGCCUAGUCGAGGAACUUCUAUGGACAUGGAGGAGGAUGAAGGAGUGCGGAGUGGAGCCCUCCCUGACAAGUUACAACUGCUUGAUGGACGGCCUCGUGAAUUCGGGUUUUGUUGAUUCGGCUGAGAAGGUAUUGGAGGUUAUGGACAGUGGCAAUUCCGGCGAUAGUGUCCGGCCCGAUGUUAUCUCCUAUAAUACAAUGAUCAAAGGCUACUUGAAGACUGGGAGAAACGAUAAGGCAGCGGCAAGGUUCCGAGAGAUGUCGGCGAAGGGCGUGGAUCCGGAUAAGGUAACUUAUAUGACUCUAAUCCAAUGUCAUUAUGCAGAAGGGGGGUUUUAUGAUUGCUUGUCUCUUUACCAUGAGAUGGAGGAGAAGGGAGUCGAGGUUCCUCCGCAUGCUUAUAGUUUGGUGAUUUCGGGGCUUUGCAAGGAAAGCAGGCCUUUUGAUGCACGGAUGUUGUUCGAUAAAAUGUCUGAGAGGGGUUGCAGGGCGAAUGUGGCUAUAUAUACUGCACUGAUUGAUUCGUUUGCGAAGCUUGGCGAUGAGGAGCAGGCUAUGAGACUUCUGCAGAAGAUGAAAGACGAUGGAUUCAAGCCUGACGAAGUCACUUAUGGCGCACUUGUCAAUUGUUUGUCAAAGGCGGGGAAAAUGGACAAGGCAAUGGAGUGUUUUGAGUUCUGCAAAGCAAAUGGAAUUGUGGUGAAUUCCAUCUUUUACUGCAGCCUCAUUGAUGGGUUUGGUAAGGCAGGGAUGGUGGAUGAGGCUGAGAGGCUCUUUAACGAGAUGGAAGUUAAUGGCUUUGUGCCUGAUUCGUACUGCUACAAUGCACUUAUUGAUACAUUUGCAAAGGCUGGAAGGAUUGACGAUGCGCGCUCCAUGUUUGAGAGGAUGGAAAGGGAGGGUUGUGACCAAACGGUCUACACUUACACUAUAAUGAUUGAUGGGUUAUUCAAGAAGCACAAGAACGAAGAUGCAUUGAAGCUCUGGUGCAGAAUGAUCGAUAAGGGUAUAACUCCCACCCCAGCCUCAUUUCGUGUCCUUUCCAUUGGGCUCUGUCUUUCAGGAAAGUUCAACAGAGCUAUGAAGAUCCUGGACGAGCUUGCACCCAUGGGUGUUGUUCCUGAAAAUGCUCAUGAAGACAUGAUUAAGGUUCUUUGCAAGGCUGGGAGGAUUGAGCAUGCUUGCAAACUAGCUGAUGAGAUUGUUGAUAAAGGCCGGGAGGUCCCUGCGAAGGUUCGAACUAUGAUGAUAAAUGCACUUAGGAAGGCGGGGAAUACUGAAUUGGCCAUCAAGCUGGUGCAUAGUAAGAUAGGUAUAGGUUAUGAUAGAGUGGGGAGCAUCAAAAGGCGAGUCAAGUUUGUUACUUUGUUGAACCUUUAGAAGAAAAAAACUAUUUUUUCUACAUUGAUCUGUCAUGGCGUGGUUGUGAAGGAGAGGCAUUUUUGUUCCUCUUAAGGGCCACCAAAUUGCUCAGGGAUUCAUCCGAAGCUAUCAUGAUCAUUCCUUGAUUGUGAGGACAUGAUUAACGUUCUUUGCAAUGCUUGCAAAGUAGCUGAUGAGCUUGUUGAUGAAGGCUGGGAUGUCCCUGUGAAGUUUAGAAUCAUGCUGAUAAAUGCACUUAGGAAGGUGGCGAAUGCUGAACUGGGCAUCAAGGUGGUGCAUAGUAAGAUUGGUAUGUGGGAGUUCCUUAAUUUGUUGAACCUUUAUAAGCAAAAAACCAUGAAGUUCUACAAGGAUCUGCCAUGGCGUUGUGGUGGAGAAGCGGCGUAUAUAUUCAUUAAAGAGCCUCCUUAUUAGUCAGGGAUUCAUACAAAGCUAUCAAAUACCAUUAUUUGAUCGUUCCUUUAUUGUGAAGUAUCAAGCGUCGCAAAAUCAUUGGAGUGAUCUUAGGGCAUCUCCAGCCGAACUCCAAACGACCGGAAGGCGUAGCUGGUUUGCUCCAUUCGAAUAGCAAAAAAUAUUGCUAGUCGGUGGAGGGUGAGCAAUGCGACGCCAACAUUUGUGUUACACUGUUCACCUAUGCGAUUUUUCCUUUCUCAGCCAGAUUUGCCGAAUAAACGUGUCAAAGAAGAGAAAGACGGUUACCUUCAUAGAAGCACACAAAAUGGAGUUUGAUUGGAGAUGAAUCACGGCAUUUUUAAGUUACUGUAUUUUGGAGUGAAAAAUGGGAUUUUAGAUUUGAGAUGCCCUUAGAGGAGACCUUCCGGGUUAAUUGCGAAUGUUUGUGAAAUCAAACUGCCGUUUUUUGCAGAUUUGCUGGGCAAAAAUUUAGGUAUCACCGGUCAUCGUGGGUCGGUUUGCAGUUCAUCUUAGAGUUAUUGACGACUCUGAAGAUUCUUCUGAAUAUCAAGGUUUGUAUGUUACACACAGUUUGUUUUGAUUUGUUUGUUUGGAGUUUUGACUAUCUAUUUAGAGAUCUUGAGUUCGAGUUUUGCGUA